AUGAGUGGUGACGAGAAUCGUGACCGAUUCGCAUGCUGGGGCGGAUACUGGCCUGGUAUGGGCGCUGAAAUGAGCACUGAUGCAGGCACCGGCACUUCAGCAACCGCUCAGUAUUCGCCUCCACCAAUGCCAGUGUCGGUUUCAUCGAGAUCAGUGCCUGGUGCAGCCUCCGAGGGCACAAGAUCAUAUGCUGCGUCUACUGCGCCUAGCCGCACAAUCAAGCAAGAAGAUGAUGACCAGCCUUCUCCUAUCCCUAACUCUAGCGGCACAAACUGUGAUAUUUGCCUCGGCUUGACUCGUUGUCAAUGCCCUCCGUCAAAUUGCCCCUGCCCCUAUUGCGCUCAAGGAGAGCCAGAAAAGUGCAUUGAGGCAGUCGUAACUUCCCACCGAGCUAAUGUCGCCGCCGCUUUACAAAACGAGCACCUUUAUAUUCGGCAAAGUCUAUUGAGAAUAGAAAGUCUUGUUAUUGAAAGCCACCAGUUCAUACAAGACCAUGAACGCCAAUUAUGGAAACUUGAACGAGACGCCAAGGACUACGAAAUCGCAAACCUGAGACGGCAUGCCGAACAAGUAGAGCAAGAAAAUCGGCGACUCAACAUCAGGAUAAGCUCUUUGCAAGAGCAACACAGUCAGCCACGAUCAACCUUUUAUCACACCGGUCUGUCAGUCAAUGAGCCGCCACCAGUCGUUCAUCAUGCCAGUCUUCCUGACAAUUUAUCUCUGCUCAAUAGCGGCAUUCCUCGGGGCAUUCCUCGGUCCCUUUCUGACCAGCCAGCUGGCAGAUCUUCAAGCGAGGUCGGCAUCUACGAUUUACCCCCGAGCCUGUCUGGUGAAUAUAUGCCAAUGUCUCCUGAGAUUGGACAUUUCGACCUUUUUUCAUCACAAGGAUUGGCACAAAACACUGCUCGCGCAGCCAGCCCGGAAUAUUCGCCCCCUUCGCCUACUUUAAUGAUGAAGAGCUUCCACUCAGAUUCAAGCAGGAGCCCCAAGAGGCCAGCUUCGGUCAUUGACGACGGCGAAGCUCAUCUAGGGAUUGAAGCCGUGGCGUCCAGAGCAAGCGCCCCUCAGGGCUCUAUUUCGGCGCCAGCUCCUCAGCAAGAAGCUUGGUCACCUCCCAACAAGAGGCAACGUAGCAUGUCCUAUGAUUAUUACGUCGUCACCGGUGUCAAUUCAGAGCCAGGAGCAAAUGAAGAGGAGUUGCAACGGCUGACCAUGCAUGCUGGACACACUCCCAAUCGUUCAAUCUCUUCUCCGUCCGCCGCCGCCGCGGCUACUGCUCCCGCUGGGCCCAGCAGAGGUGAUACAACGCCGACCGCCUCGUCUUUUCUCGGCGUCGAGGGCAAUGCCAAUACUAGGGCCAACACUACUUCCAACAAGCGCAUAAAGACGCAGCUUGAACUAGAAGCUAAAGCCGAGGUCGAGGCAGGGGUCGAAACAGAGGAGACCAAUACAGCAGAGAUAUAUUCUUUCUAUAAGAGCGUCAUGGGAAAUUCGCCACCGCUACCACAACGAAGCAGGCGUAUGACCAUCCCAGAGGCUAUAGAGGGUUUUCGAUCGCAAAUCGACGAGACAUUCAGGCGUCAAAGCCAACUCAAUGGCGAGGGUUGUACCCCUCCCACAAACUCUGGCUCUUCCGUCGUCGGUUCUCCUGCCUCACAGCGAGCUCUCCUUGACGCCGUGGAUGAUAAUCCUCUCACUGGCCCGUUGAUGAUCAGGAAUAUUCCCGCGCAAGAUGAACUUUUCCUGGAAGUAUUGAAUGAAAAGCUAGGGCCCAUUAGCCAAGGCCAAGAUGCUCUCCCCAAAGUUGUGCAGGAUCUUAAGCUGAAUCCUGUUCCUGACGAUACGGCGAGAUUAGAGGCUCAGUCAGAUUCUGGCGAGGAAGCCGACGGCGACGAGGAUGCCCCCGUGGAAGUCGAGCGGCCCGUUAGAAGAGAAGAUUACGACUCGGACAGCGACUCGGGGCCUGAAGUUACCCUCAAGCUUAGACAUACCAGCAAUUUUGGGGCUCCCUUUGGAAGAAUUUGA